CCGCACACAUUAUGUAAAAAGUUGGUUUUAAAUUAUAAAGAACAAUUGAAAGUUCUGUAUGAGUUCAAGCUAAAGAAAACAACACAAAAUACAAAAUACAAAUGACUUUGCUAAUUACGGUCUAUAGAAUCAAACAAGACCCAUUAAGCCACAUAAGGCUUAAGUACAUUUAAUUCAUUAAAAUAGUAAUAUAUUUGAAGGAAUUCUGCCCACUAUUAAAAUUUGUAACCACAAAAACAAACAUAAAAUCUGAUGUCUAGUGAUUAGCACUUAGAACCACACUCCCUCCUUUAAGUACCACUGUAUCAACAAAAAGUUUAGUAGUGUUAAACAAGGAAGGAAGUAUGAGCUUUAUUACAGGAUGGUGUAUUGGCUUAUUAUUUGCUACUUCGUAUUCGUUUAUGUCCUGCAAUGGCCACGGGAGAUUGAUUGAGCCGCCAAGUAGAGCAUCCGCUUGGCGAUUUGGAUUUCAAACCCCACCAGACUACAAUGACCAUGAACUUUACUGUGGUGGGUUUACCCGGCAAUGGAAAGUAAACGGUGGUAAAUGUGGAGAGUGCGGAGACGCGUGGGAUUUUCCGGAACCACGGCCCCAUGAAUAUGGUGGCCAAUGGGGACAAGGUUUAAUAGUACGGAGUUAUUUGCCAGGAUCCAAAAUAAAAAUUCGUGUAGAAUUAACUGCUAGUCACAUGGGAUAUUUUGAGUUUCGGAUAUGCCCAAAUCAAAUUGCUAAGCAGUUUUGCUUAGAUCAAAAUGUAUUGCUAAUACUUGAAGGCCGUCCUUCUCAGCCAAUUCCAUCUGACCUAGACAUCCGCUUUUAUCCCAGAAAUGGAAGUCGCAUAUAUGAAAUUCUGGCACGGUUACCUGAUUUUACAUGUGACCAAUGUGUUCUGCAAUGGCGUUAUGUUGCCGGCAACAACUGGGGAAUUUGCAGCGAUGGUAAUGGAGCCAUUGGAUGUGGCCCACAAGAGGAAUUUCGUUCGUGCUCGGAUAUUGCCCUCAUUAAAAAGGGGAGUACUUAUGUUGGACCCAGUCGUUCCUCAUAUCCAAGACCUACACAAACUAAAAAAAGAAGGCCAACAAGCACGGAAACUAAUUCAGUAAUAAGUCAUAGUGAAACUCUUAAGUAUACUUUAAUUAUUUCGCUGGUAUUGAUAUUUAUAGCUUUCAUUUUUGCAGUAGGAAUAUGGAACAUAUUCAAUAAUAACAAAAUAAUGUGUAGUAACAAAUGUAUUAUUAGUCUUAAAAAAAAAAUUUUGUUUUGGAGUUCUAUAAAAAAAAACAUUCUUGGAUGUGAUGUACUUAAGACCCCAUGCAAUGUAGGCGAUAUUAGAUUAGAAAAUCCACCAAUCCCCCCUCCAAGAACUAAAAGGCUAGAUAAAGCAACGAAAAACCUAGGAAAUGAAACUAUCAAAGCCUAGAACGUGUUAAUUCAUCAAAAUAUUGUUCAUUGAACCUUGUUAUAAUAUUUAUGCACAACACAACUUAAUCAACCACAAAGGUUAACCGAAAGUACUAGUAAGCAAAAUUAUUUAAUAUUGGAAAAAAAUAAAUGAAUUGUAAAACUAAUUGAGUACAUUUUCAAUAUGAA